UCCUGCCCUGCCGGAGCCAUCGCUUCCACAACCGUCUUUACCCGAGGAAAGGGAGAGACAAGCGGCAGGCUACUUUCAAACCACGCUGAGAUUCAUGGGUGACAUCCCUGUGGGCAGCUGCUGCAUGCUCGUCCUAGUCUGCUUCCAAGUUCUCUCCGCAGAUGUUCACAGAGGACAUUACAUUGCUGCUGUGUACGAACAUCAUGUCAUCCUCAAUCCCAAUCCAACAGGUAUUACCAGUCGACGGUCUGCAUUACAGCUGAUGAACAGAAACCUAGACAUUUAUGAAGAGCAAGUAAUUGCUGCUGUUAAACAGGGAGCACAGAUAAUUGUCUUUCCUGAAGAUGGAAUUCAGGGCUUCAACUUCACCAGGACUUCUAUUUAUCCUUACUUGGAUUUCAUUCCAUACCCUGACUCUGUGACAUGGAAUCCAUGCAAAGAAUACUUGUUCAAUGACACAGAGGUUCUCCACCGACUCAGCUGUAUGGCACUGAAGAAUCAAGUGUUUUUAGUGGUAAACUUAGGAACCAAGCAGCCCUGCACUCACAGUGAUCACCGCUGCCCACCAGAUGGGAGAUACCACUUUAACACGAACGUAGUAUUUAGUGACAGUGGCACACUCAUAGCCAGAUACCGAAAACAAAACCUGUAUUUUGAACGUGCCUUUGAUACUCCGGCAGAGGUAGAUUACACUGUUUUCAAUACGCCUUUUGCAGGCAAAUUUGGAGUUUUCACUUGCUUUGACAUCCUGUUCUAUGAGCCAACUGUGAAGCUUAUCAAGGAAUACAAUUUAAAACAGGCUGUGUAUCCUACUGCAUGGAUGAACCAGCUUCCGCUGCUGUCUGCUGUAGAAUUUCAACAAGCAUUUGCAGUUGCUUUCAACAUCAAUCUUUUGGCAGCGAAUAUCCACCGUCCUGACCUGGGUAUGACAGGGAGUGGUAUAUACACAGCCUCAGAAUCAUUCAUUUAUUAUAACAUGGAGAACGAUAAAGGCAAGCUUAUAGUGGCCAAAAUCCCUAUUACACCACGGCGUGAAACCAACAAUAACAUGCAAACAUGUUUUUCAAACUCCCCUAUGGACCAUCAGGUUUGUCAUAAGGAGCAUCAAGAAGCCCACUGUGAAAAAGCUGAGACAGGAGCUCAGGAAGCUCCACCUAUAUUUCAUGGCGAAAUGAUGUAUGACAAUUUCACUUUUAUGCCCAUAAUGGAAGCUGAAGGAGAGAUCCAGGUCUGUUCCAAUACUCUGUGCUGUUCCUUAAGUUACCAGAGACUGUUUGUAUCAAAGGAACUCUAUGCUUUAGGAGUAUUUGAUGGCCUUCAUACAGUUCAUGGAACAUACUAUGUACAAGCUUGUGUGUUAGUGAAGUGCGGCACCCUGGACUAUACGAGUUGCGGGCAGGAAGUCACAAAGGCUACUGAACGGAUAGAUUUUCAGCUGCAAGGGAAUUUCAGCACUGCUUUUGUCUUCCCUCUCUUGCUGAAGUCUGGCAUCACUCUGGACUUUGCGGACUAUCUGGGGUGGGAAAAGAACCACUAUGUCAUGCAGAAAAAGGGAGCAUCUUCUGGCUUAAUAACGGCUGGUUUAUAUGGACGAUGGUAUGAGAAGGACUAGAACAAGCAUUUGGCGCAACCAAAAGUCAUGUGUCAAAAUGAAUGAUUCAGGAGCUUAAUAAAAGGAGAUUAUUGUCUGAUGGA